AAGACUAGGCUUGGACUAGGCGAGGUUCGUAGGUCCGUAACAAGUUCAUAAUCUUGGUAGGUACCUUGAUGACUUACCUAUAAGAUCAGGGUAUAUUGAAUGAGAUAUCGUUUGCUAAAUUAGACCACGAUAUAGGUGACUUUGCAAUUUACGUUCAAGAUUACAUGCACUGUCCACUGCAUUCCCUUAUAAUCGUUUGAGCGAUCAAACCCUCAGACGGUAAUCGUUGUGUUCGCUUGGCUUUGAAAAAUAGGUAACACACAGCAGUGCUAGGCUAGGUAAAUGGUUACACGGUACACUACACCUUCAUUGAGGGACUCCCAAAUAUUUUGAAAAUAUUGCGGCAAGGCUCAAGGUGACCAUGGAUCAUACUGGCACCGUGCUGUUAGCAUUUUUAUCUAUUUUCAUUGACCCGUCUGGUUCAAUUAUCAUCGAAACAACAGACUACUGCAACAAGACUCUUUGCCGGGGGGACUGGGUGCACACCAUGUGUGAGCACCCAGACGAAACACCCGGCCCGGCCUGCCUUCAAAUCUACAGCACGCCAAUAACAGACAGCCAAAAAGAAGAACUGCUCGACGUGCACAAUCGCCUGCGUGAACAUGUCGCAUCAGGGAAAGAAACGCGUUGCCAAGGUGGGCCGUUGCCGACAGCAGCGGACAUGGGCGUUAUGACGUGGAACGAUGAGAUUGCACGAAUAGCCCAACGGUUGGCUCUGACAUGCGUUCGCGGGCAUGAUAAAUGCCGAGACUUGAAGAUGAUGUAUCUUGGACAGAACCUCGCACAAAUCACAUACCAAAAGGAACAGAAGAGCCCGCCCAAUAUGACAGCUUUGGUUUAUGGAUGGUAUGAUGAGGCGCCCCUUUUCAGCAACGACAACAUUCAUCACAUUGAUAUACCCGAGGAUGCCGGACAUUUCACCCAAAUGUUCUGGGCGGAAACUUACAAACUGGGCUGUGGCUACACCAGCUUUUUCUCGGAGUAUGCUAAUGGAUGGAUUGUCUACUUAGUCUGCAACUACGGGCCCACCGGCAACUGGCAGUUCGGCGACAUGUACCUGAUCGGACCGCCGUGCUCCAAGUGCCCGAACGGUACGACGUGUGGCGGCGACAGUCGCUACCCGAGCCUGUGCAGCUCGGACGACGGUGAGGUUCCUGACUCGCUGGCCACCGUAGGACUCGUGUACCACGCUGGUCAGGACGCCUUGAACGUGUGGCACUGGAGCGUCCUGAUUUCAUUUGUGGCUGCUGUGCGGGCUAUACCAUGAGAAGGUACUUCGAUCUCAAGUUAAUGAGUUGAAUUGGCUGAGGAGCUGCGCCUGCAUCCGCUUGCAGUUUCUCUAGAACGACUGUUGCAUAUGCGACCAUGCUCUCUUUGGCUGAGUAAAGGACUAGUGAAUGAGAACGUACGUGCCAGGACGACAUGUUUACUGUUUCAUAGAUGUGUAUGAGUGAUACUCUACAAUCUACAUGUUACAUUAUCCUUUCACUACCGUUUCAUUAUUGGUGUUGAUAAGUGACUGAAAGUGUUAUUGCCAAUAUAUUAGAGUCAACGACAAAAAUGUGAACAUCAAAUGUUACUAUGACACAUGAGUUUCGUCACGUCAGCCACAAGUCGUCGAAUUACUUUGGAAAAUAAAACGAACAAAAGUAUACUGA